GUUGAACGUUUCCACCCGGACACCAAACAGAGACACACCAGGUUAAAGCUGUGUUGCAGUCACAUUGAUCCGGGUAGAUAAGUGGGUGAAAGGUCCAACUGCAGUCAGGAGUGACAGCAGCACACAAACCCCUCUCACGCAGCCGACCAGAGCGGAAACUAAAAAUGUCUAAACAACAGCAGCCGAUCAGUCCGCUGAAGAACUUCUUCGCCGGAGGCUUUGGAGGGGUCUGUCUCGUCUUUGCCGGACAUCCACUCGACACCAUUAAAGUGCGUUUACAGACCCAGGCCAAACCCAAACCUGGAGAGAGCCUCCUGUAUGCUGGAACCAUUGAUUGUUUUAAAAAGACCUUAGCCAAAGAGGGUGUGAAAGGACUCUAUAAAGGCAUGUUGGCCCCUAUCAUCGGAGUCACGCCCAUGUUUGCUGUCUGUUUCUUUGGAUUUGGACUGGGCAAGAAACUACAACAGAAGACCCCCAAUGAUAUCCUAACGUAUCCACAGCUGUUUGCUGCAGGGAUGUUGUCUGGUGUGUUCACCACAGCCAUCAUGACUCCUGGGGAGCGCAUCAAAUGCCUCCUACAGAUUCAGGCAUCAACAGGAGGGGUGAAGUACGCGGGACCCAUGGACUGUGUGAAGCAGCUGUACCGAGAGUCUGGGAUCAGAGGAAUCUACAAAGGCACCGCUCUGACUCUCAUGAGAGAUGUUCCAGCAAGCGGGAUGUACUUUACGUCCUACGAGUGGCUGAAGAACCUUCUCACUCCACCAGGAAAAAGCCACAGCGACCUCAGCGUUCCCAGUGUGCUGUUUGCUGGAGGGAUGGCCGGGAUCUUCAACUGGGCGGUCGCAAUCCCAGCCGACGUACUUAAGUCUCGUUUCCAAACAGCGCCUGAAGGGAAAUAUCCCAACGGUUUCCGGGACGUUCUGCGGGAGCUGAUCAGGGAGGAGGGCGUGGCCUCUCUGUAUAAGGGCUUCAAUGCUGUCAUGCUUAGAGCUUUUCCUGCAAAUGCAGCUUGUUUCUUAGGAUUUGAGUGUGCAAUGAAGUUCCUGAACUGGUUAGCACCGGACCUGUGAUGAAGGCUCCACGUCAGCCUCCUAUGUGAAUCCCAGGGACAGAACUCUUGAACACAACAGAGUUAUUAGCAGUGCGCACACACUCACUCUGAAUCAAACAAUACCAACAGAUGUGAACACUUUCCCAAUAAUAUGCUGGAUUGUCUUUGAAACAUUGUGGUAGAGCAUGUGGAUCUGAGGGUCCAAAGCCGAGAUAUUGCGAUGACUCUGUAACAGUUCCAGUAUAAACACACACACAGACAGACAGUCAAAUGUUCUCACUCCCUUUUGUUUAAAUUGUCUUUUUUUUUUUAUAUAAGAAAAACGGUGAACUGAACAUGCUGUGCCUUAGCUUUUGUUAUCUGUGAGCCGGUGCGCAUAUCAGGGAAAAGGUGCAUUUUGUUGUACUGUGUGUGUGUUCAGUCUCUCAGCAAUACACACCUUUCAAACUGUC